AUGCAGACUCAUUCUGUCACUCUUUUUGAUGUACUCACUGUGAUGCAUGGCUCACCAGGAACAUGUGAGAACAGAAGAAGAGGUGUGCUGUACACACAUGAUAAACACUUCCUUACAUUCAACAGUGAAGUGUGGAAUUGUCUGGAGAGUCUCUUACAGUUGAAGAAUUUAACUAUAUUGUCUUUUUUUCCUCCUACAGCUUUUGAGGGAAAUUAUUGGUCCCACUUUUUUCUCCAAAAACAGAAAGAAACCUUGCAAAGAAUUUUGAGCAAGGAUUCCUGUUCUACCUGGGGCGGAGGGCAUUUUUCAACUUUCGAUAAAUAUCAGUAUGACUUCACUGGGACUUGCAACUAUAUCUUUGCAACUGUAUGUGAUGAAUCCAGCCCAGACUUCAACAUUCAGUUCCGCCGUGGGCUGGACAAAAAAAUUGCAAGGAUCAUUAUUGAACUGGGUCCUUCUGUCAUCAUUGUUGAGAAAGACAGCAUUUCUGUCAGGAGUGUCGGUGUCAUCAAGCUGCCUUACGCCAGCAAUGGAAUUCAAAUAGCACCUUAUGGGCGCAGUGUCCGCCUUGUUGCCAAACUGAUGGAGAUGGAACUAGUUGUCAUGUGGAACAAUGAGGACUACCUCAUGGUUAGUAAAAUAUUCUCAUGA